UCGUGGACUACACGAUCUGUCUCUCUCUCAUUCUCUCACACUCUCUCAUUCUCUCUCUCUCUCUAAAAAAGCUUUAGUCCUUUCUCUCCUUUUUCUUGGAAUUAAAAGGUUGAACCUUUACUUUUUUUUUUCUCCCCUCACUAUCGAUCGAUCUUCUCAUUCAGCCAAAAAAUGGAGGAUCAUCAUACUCAGUAUGGUAUACCGGAGCUCCGGCAGCUCAUGAAAGGCGAAGGGAGGACGAUUACGACGGCAUCACCGUCGACUUCUUCUCAUUUUCCCUCUGAUUUUUUCGGUUUCAACCUCGCUCCUGCUGCGCCGCCGCAACACCACCGUCUUCAUCAGUUCACUGCUGAUCAUCAGGAGAUGGGCUUCUUGCCACGUGGCAUACAUGGAUUGGGUGGGGGUUCUUCAACGGCUGCAAGUAACAGUAACUUAAACGCGAGCACUAGUGGUGGAGGAGUUGGGUUUAGUGGGUUUCUCGACGGAGGAGGUUACGGCGGAGGCGGAGGAGGAGACGGCGGGGGAACGGGGAGAUGGCCGAGACAAGAAACCCUAACUCUGCUGGAGAUUAGAUCUCGUCUUGAUCAUAAAUUCAAAGAAGCUAAUCAAAAAGGACCUCUCUGGGAUGAAGUAUCUAGGAUUAUGUCAGAGGAACAUGGAUACCAAAGGAGUGGGAAGAAAUGCAGAGAGAAGUUUGAGAACCUUUACAAAUACUAUAGGAAGACUAAAGAAGGCAAAGCCGGAAGGCAAGACGGUAAACACUAUAGAUUUUUCCGGCAACUCGAGGCGCUCUACGGUGACUCCAACAACUUGGUUUCUUGUACCAAUCACAACACACAGUUCAUGAGCAAUGCUCUUCAUGGUUUCCACACUCAAGCCGCUAUGAACGCUACCACAACAACGUCCAACAUUCAUAACGUUGAUAGUGUUCAUGGUUUUCAUCAUCAAAGCCUUAGUCUUUCUAACAACUACAACUCCUCCGAGCUGGAGCUGAUGACUUCGUCUUCUGAAGGGAAUGAUUCUAGUAGUAGAAGGAAAAAACGGAGUUGGAAAGCUAAGAUCAAGGAGUUCAUUGAUGUGAACAUGAAAAGGUUGAUAGAGAGGCAAGAUGUUUGGCUUGAGAAGUUGACAAAGGUUAUUGAAGACAAAGAGGAACAAAGGAUGAUGAAAGAAGAGGAAUGGAGAAAGAUUGAAGCUGCGAGGAUCGAAAAAGAGCAUUUGUUUUGGGCUAAAGAGAGGGAGAGGAUGGAAGCUAGGGAUGUUGCGGUGAUUGAGGCAUUGCAGUAUUUGACCGGAAAGUCGUUGAUAAAGCCGUUAUGUUCGUCCCCAGAAGAGAGGAUCAAUGGUAAUAAUGAGAUCCAAAAAAAUAGUGAGAAUCAGAAUGACAACGGAAGCGAUCAAACGAUGACUAACAACGUUUCUAUUAAAGGAAGUGGUAGCUGCUGGAAUGAGCAAGAGAUCAUAAAGCUUAUGGAGAUAAGAACAAGCUUGGACUCGGCUUUUCAAGAGAUAUUGGGAGGGUGCUCGGAUGAAUUUCUAUGGGAGGAAGUCGCGGCGAAAUUAAUUCAGUUAGGGUUUGAGCAGAGAAGUGCCUUGAUGUGCAAGGAAAAGUGGGAAUGUAUAAGCAAUGGAAUGAGGAAAGAGAAGAAGCAAAUCAACAAGAAAAGGAAGGAGAAUUCGUCCAGCUGCGGCGUGUACUAUCCAAGAAACGAUGAAAAUCCUAUCUACAACAAUCAAGAAAGUGGAUAUAAUGAUAAUGAUCAGCAUCAUCAGAUGAAUGAACAUGGUAAUGUAUGUUCGUCAACAUCAAACGCAAACGCAACCGCUGGAAAUCCGAGCGGCGCAAUGGCGGCUGGUACAAAUUGCUUCCCAUUCUUCAUGGGAGAUGGAGAUCAGAAUUUGUGGGAGAGUUAUGGUUUGAGGCUAAGUAAAGGAGAGAACCAGUGAGUGAAUUUCUCCCAACGCAGGAGAAGACGAGGUAGAAGGUGAUGAUCAUGUGGUUAACUAAUUCUUUUGAGUUAGCUAUGUAUGAGAUAAACCUUGACUUAACUAUUAUAGAUAUAUGUCACACUGUGCUUAGAAUGAAGGGAUACACUUUCUUGUGCCUUAACGAAUUAUAUGUCAGCAUGUAUAAGA